GCCAAUCACGCACUCCCUUCCUCUCUGCACAGUCCCUCUUACGCAAGCCCCUCCCCCAGAGACGCCACCCUCCAGGUGACCCGGCCUCUGUCUUGCAUGGCGUAGCGCAGAACCUCGCAAGAACCCUUCGUCAUCAUCAAUCAGGUCACACGCUCUCUUUUCUUCCUCGCACCAAACAACAAACACCAUCAAUUCUCCAACUCAAUCGCUUUCUCUUUGAUAUCCUUCAUUCAAGAGUUUCGAACGCUCUCUACUACACAACAAUGUGUUCCGCCGACUUCUUCCUCGCUUUCCUCGCCAUUCUCUUCCCCCCACUGCCCGUCUGGGUAAAGUGCGGUCUCUGCAGCGCCGACUCACUCAUCAACAUCCUUCUCUGCUGUCUCGCCUACAUCCCCGGCCUUAUCCAUGCAUGGUACAUCAUCGCCAAAUAUCCUGAGCCGCCCUACGAGUACGAGGCCUUGCCACAUGAUCGUGAGGGUAACCGCGUUACCUACGUCUACGUUCAGUGCCCGCCAGGCCCUCAUCAGCACAGCCACGGCCACCCCCAGAACCAGCAGCCCAAGCCCCAACCCCAACCUCAUCAUGGUGGUGCUAGCAACAACAAUAACAGCAUGAACUACGGCACUCAGAACGCUGGCGGUUCUUCUCGUCCUGCGCCUCAGCAGCAUGGCGUGACAAAUAACGGCGAGGGUAGUUCUGAAAGCCAGGGUGUGCCACCUUCCUACGCCGACGUCGUCGCUGGAGAUCACAAGAUUCAGUCCAAGGAUUAAACGCUCCGCCACAUGUUCCCUUUUACACGAUACGGAAACACGGCACCGAGAUGGCUUCGUAUCCAUUUCUUCGAAAUUCCAGCGACUUGUUAGAAUUUUGCGAGGCCUUUCACAACAACAAGCGGGUCCUAAAGGACUUGGGUGAGAUGGCCGAGUUGGUUAUGGCGCCAGGUUAAGGUUAACCUUAACACCAAUUUCCUGGUGGAGCAAUCCUCCUGGGUUCGAGUCCCAGUCUCAUCAAUGAGUUCCAUUUUUUACAUCUUCUUUCGAUGUUCUUUUUGCUGGAGGGUCUUGGGACAAUGGGGUUAUCGGUUACUGAAUCAUGGGUGCUGCGACGAGGAACUCGGCUCCAUACAGGCGCCUGCGUAUUCUCCACUUCACAAUAAUUAUAUCAGGAGUUACUGAACGUCGGAUUUGGUUGGAUUCAUGCGUUUCUAGUAUGAUGAUUCGGUAUGGAUAUCGGACGCAUUUCAGCUUGUUUGUGGUAAUUAGACUUACUUUCGUAGGCUUGAGCUUUGAAGGCUUGUUUCUAGGCUGUUCUACGAGGUAUAUGAAAUUUUCUGGACAAGGUGGUUUAUGAAGACCUGUUCAAACAUUCUUCGUUCUGUAAAAACAUUGUGUACGUGAAUACUUCUAACCGUUACAUCUCCAUUGGGAGUAUCACAUAUAUGAGUGAAUAGAAUAGAGUAAAGGUUGUGUGUGUUAUAACCUCCUAUAAUGACCUAAUCCUCUAUACUUAUAUAUUGUACAACUAAAUCCAGCCCCUUGAACUCCAAAUCCACGACCAGACAUCUAACAAGACGUCAGGCAUAAAAAGUAACACCCAACGUGAGAACAAAGCGGAAGUAAAAGUUAAAUUGUCAUCAUCAUGGACGCCAUGCACCGAGCCGCAGCGCAGCGCAGCUGUUUUUCUACAUUCGAUCAUUGGAUCCCCUUUCGAUCCUUUAGCACAUGGGUAUCGAGACUCCUCUCCAUUUCCGUCUAAGCAAAAUGCUUUCUUUGUAUCCGUCCCCAUUUGAAAGCGUUGUUUUUUGUCAUGAUCAUAAAAGGUGCCCAAAUGUCUUUGCCCUUUUUCAUUUCCGUAAAAAGUUUUACGCCAUCUCUUGGAAAAUGCGUAAAAGACUCCUCACACCCGUCAAGGCGUUCUCGUCAGGUCCUUGGCCGGGGGUCCAUUCGGCGUGGGCAAAGUCAAUGAGUUUUAGGGAGUAUAUUUGUGGCAGGGAGGCUUCGAGGUCCGAGUCUUCGUCUAGCUCGUCUUCGUCGUCCAGAGCGAUGCCGCUAUCAACCCUCUUGGUAGUUCGAGCUGCUUGGCCGAUACCUGCCUCUGCGUCGAUGAGUGCGUUGUUCUCUUCAAUAGCGCUUCGGAGAGCUUGGCCGUCGCCCUCGAAGAUGAAAAGUAGUGAAGACGAGUACAUUCGGCUUUCAUGACGUGAGAGAAUCUCCUCAACUCUCUGUAAAUCUCGGACAAAGGCUGCGCAAACGGCCUUGCCGAGAUCUUCAUCAAUGCCAGCGUUUUUGUUGAAGAUGAAUUUUCGGAACUCAUCAACGACGUUUUCUUGAGUGACUGUUGUUCGACCAUAAUCCUUAUCGUAGAUCUUGUAGUUUUCCUCGUCCAGUUCCGAAGCAUCUUCUGACCCGCGGUAGACCCGCAUUCCCGCUAUCCGGAAUCCCAAGCUACCGUGUGUCGUCUCAGCCGAGAUCUUGUCGAAGCGCUGCUUUUUUUGUUGAGGGGCAUCGUCGGCCCAGAGUCUUACUCCCAACUUGACAUCGAGGAUAUUGGGGUUCUUGAAACCAAAGGUAGCAUUAUCCAGCACAACCGCCUUAUCGGUCUUGAUCUUGUUAUCCUUGGCCGGCACCCAAGCACCGCCUUCUUUUUGUUGUGUCGCUGUAGCAUGAGCAACCUGUUCAGCAACCGAAGCGACAAUCUCUUCUUUUGACGUCUUGAGGUCUCCGGCAUGGGAGAUAACACCUGCAACAGCCUCGUCUAUUGUCUUCUCAGUGGGAUCGGUAAGCAAGAGGGAUCCCAUAAACAAUGGCAUAAUAUCGGCGAACUCGGGAUGUCUUCGAUUGGCAGACUGGUAGAAAUCGAUCUCGGACUGUGUGCAAGGCUUGAUGAAUAGUUCGCCAUCGGGAGUACAAAGCGUGCCGGCACUUAAGUCAUCGAAAUUAGCAUGAUGCAGAUGAAGCGCGGGGGUGGCAUUGUGACGCAAAUAUGUCAAGCCAGAGCAACAGAGGCGCUCUCAAGGGAGAACAAAUCACUCGGAUGAGAAGCGCAUAUGCAAUGCGAAAAGGAUCAAUAGACUUACUGGCCGGCGACAGCGUAGUUGUAAUCGCGAAGCUCUUUGCGAUCAGGCAUUUGUUUUGAUCCCAUCAUAGUUCGUGGGAUUGUGAGUGUGGCGGUGGGCUCGCGCCGGUCUUCGGUGUAACAGCCGUAAAAGGUGCUUGCUUGAUAAGAAGAGAGAGGGAAAAGGGCAAUCAAUGUUGGAAUAAAAGAAGCGAUCAAGGUCCGGAAGCGACUGGCGAAGGAGAGUUAUAGAAAUGUCGAGGGGUGAGGCGGUGAAGAAGCCUGUGGAGAGAUGCGCGGUUGUUGAAAGGAAUUGGACUGGACUUUGAAGCUGAAGGCUGGAGCAAACGAUGGAUUCGAGGGCGUGGCUCAGUUCGCAGGGUAGGGUGAGUAGCGUAGUAGUCGAGUCCGGAGGGGUCAGCUCAGCGCAAGGCGAAGCGUUAGGGACCAGUGCUUAAGUAGGUUUGAUUUGAGUGGAGCGCCAAGUGAGACAAGUUUUUGAGAGGAAAGAAGAUAGAAAAAUGGCCACUAUAGAUAGGAUAUAGGAUAUAGAUGAAUAGGGAAAGAAAAGAUAUUCCUGAAAUCAGUGUCAAGUACGAUGAGGUAUUCCAAGAAAUUCAGGGGCGCAGAAAGCGAGAAUUCAAGGAGAGAGAGAAGAAAAAGGACUGAUCAGCACAGGAUCAACCCCCAGUCUUGUCUGUCUUGGUCAAGGUGCGACACGUCAAGGCACAAGGAGACGAGUUUGUUCAGAGGGGAUGGUUCCGCUUCGUCCGCAGAUACAAGGGCGCUUGUGCUAUACUUGCUGCUUUGAGUUGCAGUAGGUAAAUAAAAUGGAGAGAUCCGAGUGGCGAUUUUGUAUGUAAUUUUUGUAGUCCCCAAGCCUUGGUCAGCGUUUGUGGCGGAUGUAACGGACCAGUGGGAAAUUGGAGGAUGAUGUGAGGCCAAC